AUGGAGACAAGUGAAGAUUUACCGAGCUCCAAUGGAAACGAUGUGGUUGGAGUUAACAAACUGGGUCAGAAGUCAGGAUCAAACGACUUUGUACGCAAGCUGUUCAAAAUCUUAGAAAGUGGAGAAUACACCAAUAUAGUGCAGUGGACUGAUGACGGUGACAGUUUUGUUGUGCGGGAUACUAAUGCCUUUACUACCCAAAUUUUGCCGCAGCAUUUCAAGCAUUCCAACUUUUCUAGCUUUGUGCGGCAGCUAAAUAAGUACGACUUCCACAAAAUAAAACGAACGACCGAAGAGAAGCAAAACUCGCAAUAUGGUGAGCAUAGUUGGGAGUUCAAACAUCCAAAUUUCCGCAUCCAUGAUGAAGAGCAACUUGAUAAUAUCAAAAGAAAAUCCGCCGUGCAGAGAAAAAUAAUGUUGGAUGACAACGUUAUGUUGGUCAAGAACCAAAACUCUAAUGACAAUGGAGUCAGCAGUCAGUUCGACUCUGCUGCCGAGAUGAUAUUGAACAAUACGGUUAACAAGCCUAAAUUUCACCAGUUGAAGCGCAAAGUUGAAGCGUUAGGCCAAGAGGUGAGUUAUCUGAAGAACGAAAACUACGAAUUGAAACUCGGCUAUCAAAAAUCACAGUCUCGAUAUAAUACUCUAAUGGAAAACCUCAUAUCCACGAGAGAGUUCAGUAACAUGCUGGUCACCAAUUUAAACAUCCUUAUCAACAGUUUAACUUCACAGGGACUGGAAAUUCCUGGUAACUUAACAUUCAAUGCCACAAUGCCGAUUGUGCGCCCAGUCCAGGACGCACAAUCCCCACAAAUGAGCUCUGUGGUUCCUACACUUCCCCUACGAAAGCCGUCAAGUAUGGAAUCAGGUCCAUCUUCCACUACCCCCCAAGUGAUAUCAGAUCAUCCGAUACUACGACCAGGGUUUCACGUUUUACUUGUGGAAGACGAUUCUAUUUGCAUCCAGUUAUGUUCCAAAUUCUUAAUGAAAUAUGGCUGUACUGUGGAGGUGGUGACAGAUGGCUUAUCAGCUAUUUCCACUUUAGAGAAGUUCCGUUUCGAUCUAGUACUGAUGGACAUCGUUAUGCCUAGUUUAGACGGAGCCACUGCCACCUCCAUUGUCCGGAGUUUCGAUAAUCAUACACCCAUAAUUGCUAUGACGGGAAAUAUCGAGGACCAAGAUUUAGUCACCUAUUUACAACAUGGGAUGAACGACAUUUUGGCGAAGCCGUUCACCAAAGACGAUCUGCAUUCGAUGCUAAUUAGAUAUCUGCGAAACAGAGUACCUCUUUCUGAGCAAAGAGCUGGCUCGCUAUCGAAAAAUCCUCAGUCACCCCCGUUACCGCAUGACAACGAUGUCACAAAUUUAAUUCGUGAAGAGCCGCCUAUAAAAAAACAACGCGUUUAG